UCUAUACUAAACUCAUCUAAACUCGAACACAUUCCUCUCUAUUUACAGUUCUGUAAUGGCGGAUACUGGUAACGGUGCAGUAGCGGCAAGAAGAAUAUGUGGAAUCCCAGAAAAGUUUCAACUGCACUUGGCCAUGUUGGCCUUGCAAUUUGGAUAUGCAGGUUUCCAUGUGGUUUCAAGAUUUGCUCUUAACAUGGGAAUCAGCAAAAUUGUGUUCCCAGUUUAUAGAAACAUCCUUGCCUUGCUUCUUCUAUUGCCCUUUGCCUAUUUUCUUGAAAAGAAAGAAAGGCCUCCUCUUAAUUGGAAUUUCCUCCUUCAGUUCUUCCUCCUCGCAAUUGUUGGGAUAACUGCAAAUCAAGGAUUCUACUUACUAGGUUUGGAAAACACAUCGCCAACUUUUGCUUCUGCAAUUCAAAAUUCUGUGCCAGCCAUUACAUUCCUUAUGGCUGUAUUACUCAGGAUCGAAAAAGUGAGACUGGAUCGAAAAGAUGGGAUAUCAAAGGUUGCCGGGACAAUUCUCUGCGUAGCAGGAGCUUCUGUAAUUACACUUUACAAAGGUCCUACAAUAUACAGCCCUACUACUCCACUGCAAAGUGCUUCCCCAAUAUUUCUUUCCCUCGGCGAUGCCAAGGGAAAGAACUGGACACUGGGCUGCAUUUUCUUGAUUGGCCAUUGCCUGUCGUGGUCUGGCUGGCUCGUACUCCAGGCACCGAUUCUCAAGAAAUACCCAGCCCGGCUCUCGUUUACUUCGUACCAGUGUUUCUUUGGAGUUAUCCAGUUUCUUGUAAUUGCUGCAUUCGUCGAGAGAGAUGCUCAGGCUUGGCUUAUUCACUCUGGUGGAGAGCUUUUCAGUGUUUUCUAUGCGGGAGUGGUGGCAUCUGGGAUCGCAUUCGCUGUACAGAUAUGGUGCAUUGAUAGGGGUGGCCCCGUUUUCGUGGCGGUGUAUCAGCCUGUUCAGACCCUCGUUGUCGCCAUUAUGGCCUCCAUUGCUUUAGGAGAGGAGUUCUACUUGGGAGGGAUCGUUGGAGCAGUACUGAUCAUAGCAGGGUUGUACUUAGUGCUGUGGGGGAAAAACGAAGAAAGGAAAUAUUCGCAAAGGGCAGCGAUUCAGUCCCCCGCAGACCAAUCCAACACCAGAGCGCCAAGUCACGUCAAGACCUCCAUAACUCACCCACUACUUUCUCAGUCAACUGAAAAUGUUUGACCACCAACGUACAACCUAUAUUUGCAAGAAAAAUAAUAAUGAAUCCAAUAUGCUUGUGUGUGUAUUUCAUUAGGGUUUUCUUUUUUAAUAUUUAGUAGCUUUUUCUCUUAAGUAGAGUGGCUUAAAAAGUGGAGGAAUGUGAUGAUUAUGGACAUAUGGUGUGGGGUUUAAACAUGGAAUCCCAUAUGGUAUGGUAUUUUAUAUGUUAGUUAAUACUAUAUUAAUGCUUUGUUUAA